AUGGAUGGGGCAAAGUCUUUACCUGGUAAAAAGGUCAUUAUAUGCGAUAAUUUAUCAAGCCACUUAAAUGUGAGUGUUAUCGAAUUAUGUGAGUGUCACAAUAUUCAGUUUGUUUUCAUUCCAUCUAGCUCGACACACAUAACACAACUCCUUGACUUCGUUUUUUUUGCACCACUUAAAAAAGUGUGGCGAGCAAUAUUACUCAAGUACAAAAUGGAAAAUCCCAACCAAACUACUCUGAAUAAGAAUCAUUUCCCAAAACUUUUACAUUCUUUAGUUGAUCAAGUUGAAAUAUAUUCAUCUCAAAAUAUCAAAAGCGGAUUCAGAGAAACGGGGAUCUACCCAUUCAACCCAAGAGAAGUAGUGAAGCGUGUACCAGAGUAUCAAGAAGAUGUGGCAUCAUAUGGGAUUGACAAUGCAUUGCUAGACUACUUAAAGCAGAUCAGGCAGCCAAAUCCUAUGAUAACAAAAAGAAACAAGAAAGUUAUGACUGUACCUGGAAAAUCAGUAACAGUCGAUGAUUUACUGCUGACUUCCCAACUCUCAAAAUCGAAUGUACGAGGCAAAGUCAAGUCAUCCAAGAAUACUACGACACUCACGAAGGAAAACGUCAAACCAGUUAAGAGACCAAGAAAAUCUCUAGAUAGUUCUACAACUACUGAGGAAGAUUGGAUUAGCACCCAUAGUGAUUCUGACAUAAUUGAAGCACUUAGUGAUGUUACAAAUUUUGAAAUAAGUAUGGAAGAGUCUACAAAUAUUGAUGAAUCUAUAAAUAUGGAAGAAUCUAUAAAUAUGGAUAAACAAAUAAUAAAAGAAGAUAUACAUCAAAUUGACAAGAAUUCAAAGAAAAAAGAGUAUUAUGAAUUAGGAGAAAAAGUGUUGGAUUCGGAUGAUAUUAAAUUUAUUAAACCUAAGCUCUUGGAUCGAGAUAUAGCCGUACCAGAAAGUAACAUUGUUAAAAUUAUAGAACUUUUACAAUUCAAUGAAAGUCCUGAAGAAUAUGCAUUAAUGUGUGAUAAGGAUUCUGUGUACUUUUAA